AUGGGUAAAGAUUACUACGCUAUCCUCGGUAUUCCAAGAGAUGCAGACGAUGAUACAAUCAAGAAAGCAUACCGUAAGCUUGCUUUAAAAUGGCAUCCCGAUAGAAAUAAAGACAAAGCAGAAGUGGCCAAAGCAAAAUUUCAAGAAGUGGGUGAAGCUUACGAAGUAUUAAGCGAUAAAAAUAAACGCGCUAUCUUUGAUCAAUAUGGUGAAGAAGGCUUGAAGGCUGGACCACCUCCAAGUGGAGGUGAUGGAGGAGCAGGUGGUUUCGCUGGUGAUUUUCCUAGUGGUGGUGGUACUUUCCGUUUCUCAACCUCUGGUAUGCCAGGAGGCAUGGGUGGAGGAUUCCAUCCUUCUGAUGCCGAAGAUAUCUUUAAGCACUUCUUCGCUUCGUUUGGCGGAGGUAUGGGUGGUAUGGGUGAUAGCAUGCCCGGUAAUUUCUCCUUCAGUACAGAGGGUGGUAUGCCUGGUAGAGGUGGUGGCGCUAGAAGCCGUCGCGCUGGCGGUUUUGGUGGUUUUGAAGACGAAAAACCUCCCGCUAUCAAACGUCCAUUCCCCAUUUCUCUUGAAGACCUGUAUAAAGGGGCAACGAAGCGCCUUAAAGUGACCCGUAAAUUACGAGAUGGUGCUACGGGUCGACCAGUGACGACAGAUAAGAUUCUAACAAUCAAUGUAAAACCAGGCUGGAAAGCAGGCACAAAGAUUAGAUUCCCUGGUGAAGGCGACGAAUUAGAGAACGGUCAAACACAAGAUAUAGAAUUUAUUGUCGAAGAAAAACCUCAUCCUGUGUACAAACGUGAAGGCGACAACUUGCGUAUGACAAUACAAUUAACGCUAGUAGAAGCAUUGACAGGCUUCAAGAAGACUAUCAAAACAUUAGAUGAUCGUACCCUGAGUGUUAACAAUACCAAAUCCGUCAUUCAUUCUGGUCAAGAAUCCCGUGUCGCUAACGAAGGAAUGCCUAAUUCGAAGACCGGCAAAAAAGGUGAUUUAAUUAUUACAUACGAUGUCAAAUUCCCCACCAGCUUAACGGAUUCACAGAAAGAAGCCAUAAAGAAGGCUCUAUCUUAG